AUGGCGGCCGCUGCUGGCCAGCCGCACGUAGACUUUUCCCAAAUAAAAACGCGCUCCAUCGAGAGAACGCUACUUCCGCUCAUCAAGCAGUCGAGGGGUGGUGUGACGUGGGGCGGGCGGGUAGGCCCGGAUCGAUGCGCGGAGGGCCGCGGACCGGCAGUGCCGCGGCGGACGCGGGCAGAGCGGCGCGGCGCCGCAGUGUCCCUCGCGCCACGGAGCACGUGCGCGCGCCCGCCGACUGCGCGCCGCCGCCGAGCGCGCGCCCACCGCUCACGCGUCACGCGCGCCUCCUACGACAUGGACGCGCUCUCCGAUGACGAUGAGUUCGCGCGCCAGGAGGCCCAGAUCAGCAGUUUGGUGGCAACCCGCGGUGAAGCAGCAGCGGGAGGCGCGGCGGUGCAGCGCGUGGGCGCUGCCGUGUGCUGCGCCGUCGAGCGCUUUGUUGCCGUCGGGGAGACCAUCGCCGACGACAACCCUGAGGUGCGACACAGCAUGGUCAUCGCCUGCAAGGAGGCUAGAGCUGCAGGGCGAGCGAUCGAGCGCGUGUGCGCAGGCGCGGACGGUGCGGGCAUGGUAUCGGCGGCGCGCGCGCUACUCGCCUCCGUUACCCGCGUGCUACUACUGGCAGACAUGGUCGUCGUGCGACAACUCCUCCUCGCCAAAGACAAGGUGGCGCGUUCGUUGGAUCGACUGGAGUCGGUGUCGAAUUUCACGGAGUUUGUGCGUGCUUUCACGGAGUUCGGUGGUGGCAUGGUGGAGCUAGCGCGGUUGACCGCCGAGCGGCGCGCCGACCUGCGCGACGAGCGCCGUCGCGCACAAGUUGCCGCCGCCAGGAAUGUGCUUGAGCGGUCCACGCUUAUGCUACUUACCUCUUCUAAGACAUGUCUGCGGCACCCGAGCAGCGCGUCGGCGCGGGAGAACCGCGACACGGUGUUCUGUCAGAUGCGAAGAGCCAUGGACCUCAUCCACUACGUGGUCCGCGACGGACUGCCCGGACACGACGGGCAAUCGCACGAGGCGGCGCAAUGGGAAGCGGGCACGGCGCUGGGUGCAUUACGAGGGCUGACGGGGCAAGUGCGUGCAGCCCGUGCGCGAUGUGGCGCCGACGCAGCGCGGCGGCGCGCCAUGGCCGCCACACUGCGCGCACUCGUCGAGCGGACACACGAUUUCACCGACUCGGCCUACACCUCACAUGAACACCGCCAGCGGAUACUAACACUCGCAGAGCGAAUAGCGUACGAGCUCGAGCGACUUGUCGCUGUGGCCGUGUCCGAGGAGGAGCAGGGUGGAAGUGGAACGGGCGCAGCGAUGGAUAGCGCGUGUGUCGGCGCGACGAGCGCUGCAAGUGAGCUGGAGCGCGCGCUGAUCGCAGCGGCGCGCGACCAGGCCCGCGACUUGCCGCCACUCGCCAACGAGGCGCGUCUGCUCGCCACCGACCUCGCUCACAUAGGUAACCUACGAAGGAAUUUAGCUAAUUCGGUUGGUGAGAGAGAAUCAGAGAGACUGCACAAUUUAGCCAGCCGGCUUCACGAACAAUUAGAUCAUAUAAUAGAGGUAUGCAAAAUACUUAGACAUAUAGCAAUGUCUGAAACACUGCAAGUGAGCGCGAAGUUUGCGGAGAUCAACCUUAGGAUAUACGGUCCGCAAGUAGUGACGGCGGCGCGCACGCUGGCCGCGCACCCGGGCAGCGCCGCGGCGAGGGAGAACCUCGACGUGUUCGUCGACAUGUGGGCGUGGCUGCUCGCCGACGCCGCCAAGCUGGCGAAAGACCUGCUCGAUAUUACCGACGACCGCCCUGACAAACAACAGUAUAGCAGUUUACCUAGACCUGGUAAACACGGGACGACGACCAAACCAUUAAAAGCCGUGCGUUUAGAUUGCGACGAGCAAGCCAAAAUAGCAAAGUCAGGUUUAGAAAUGAAAAUGAUGUCUUCUGAGAUGGAUGCCGAGACUGAAAAAUGGCAGGGAGCGGCUGACGAAAACAACGAUAUUGUGAAGAGGGCAAAAAAUAUGUCUUCCAUGGCCUUCGCUAUGUAUCAAUUUACAAAAGGUGAGGGCCGAUUAAAUACAACGCAAGACCUCUUCACGCAAGCAGAAUAUUUCGCCGAGGAGGCGAAUAGGUUAUAUAAAAUUAUACGACAAUUUUCUUAUCAGGUUCCAGCAGGAACAACAAAAAAGCUACUUUUAGCGCACCUAGAUAAUGUUCCUACGUACGUCCAACAACUACAGUUCACCGUUAAAGAACCGACGGUUGGUCGAUCGGCCACGUUUUGCAAAGUAGACAACGUGAUACAAGAGACCAAACGUCUUAUGAACGUCAUCAGCAAAGUGGUCACUACGUGUUUCGAAUGCGCAAACAAGUACAAAUUGGACUUCACGGGGCUUUCGGCUGGCGGUACGGGGUCGGUGGGACGUGGAACAGCGCGGGACGAGGAUACUGCAGGUGGAGGUGGAGGCGACGCGAAACCAGGGGGAAGUUCAUCAGAUACAGCCAUGUGACAGUACGGCAUGGGCCGGCGCGGCAAGGGCGACGCGCGCCGGACCAGGGUCAGCUUCCUCUUGUUUUAAAGGAUUAAACGUCCUUUUGAAACGACUCGUCGCCUGAGUUGGGAGACAACCAUCCUUAGAGAUGCACGGUUUCAUAACGUUGACGAGGUAUAUAUCCUAUAGAUAUAAGGAGAUAUAUCUGUGAGUCAUGAUUUUAUUGAAUAAUGGUUUAUAUUUGUCGCACCCAUACCGGUAGGGCUAGCACGGCGGCAGCGCGCGACUUGCGCGAGAGCGACACCUCUAUGCGAGAAUAGCAGUGUCUCGAGCUUUAUAUCACUCUCGCGCAAGUCGCACCCUGUUUUGCUAGCCGUACAAAUAGGUAAUUAAAAAAUUUAAAAAAAAAAUUAGUUUACCAAUUAGUUUGUCAACCAAAAUGACCAACAGCGUUCAUAAA